GUCUUUCUACAGAUUCCAAACGCCACCACUUCUAUACACCAACCAACACCCACCCCCCUUCUCUUUCUCUUUUGCUCUUUUUCUUCUUCUAUAAAUAAAUAAACUCUCUUUUAUUCAUUUCACUUGACCCUCGUUUUCUCCGCUUCAUUCACUACUAUAAGUACAUACAGAUUUCUAUCUCUAUAUAUCUUUCUAUCAUCAUGUCGUCCAUCAUGCUUCCCACCCAAACCAUGGUCAGAAGCUCACCCCAAACUGUGGCCAGAAGCUCACCACAAACCAUGGUCAGUUCUUUUCUAAGGUGUCCAUCUAACCUUCCGACGUUGAAGAGUGUCUCAAAAGCUUUUGGCUUGAAGUCCGGCUCUUCAUUCAGGACAACUUGCAUGGCUACAUACAAGGUUAAGCUCGUGGGGCCUGAUGGCGAAGAGAACGAAUUUGAUGCACCUGAUGAUUGUUACAUUCUUGACUCGGCUGAGAGUGCUGGAAUUGAGCUGCCAUAUUCUUGCAGGGCCGGUGCCUGCUCGACUUGUGCUGGAAAGGUGGCUAACGGUGCAGUGGACCAAUCAGAUGGGUCAUUUCUUGAUGAAAACCAAAUGAAGGAGGGUUACUUGCUGACUUGCAUUUCUUACCCAACUUCUGAUUGUGUCAUCCACACCCACAAAGAAGGCGAUCUUUACUGAGUUUGAUAUCUUUCAAUCAUAUCUAUCUUUGUUUAUUUUUACUUCAAACCAUUUGUCAAGUUUUGAAACUUUGUUGUCUAGAAGUAAACCUUUUUCUGUUGCGGAAAUGCUAGUUUCUCUUGGUGGCAAUAAGUAAACCAAAUAUUGUGAACUGAUUUUUAUAUCAAGAUAAAUUUUAAAUCUGCCUAAA